AUGGCCACAGGAGUUAUGGUUAAGAAAUGGGUGGCAAGUUCUGGGAAAACACCAACAUAUACGCCCACCACUGAUAAGACUGAUAAGAAAAUAUCACUUGCACAUACUCUGGUCAUAAUCUGGUCAAUCAUCAAGUGUUGGUUGGCCCUGAUAUGGCUGCACAUAAUGUACACAUUCAUUACGCACCGUAUGUGUGACUCCAGGAUAUCAUUCAGUGAUCUCUUUCUCGAGUUUUAUCGGACACUCACUAACCAAACGGCGACUAAACUCAAAGCGUAUAGUAGUGUUUUGAGGAACUCCUACUUUAGGUUCAAACCUACAUUGACAGCUGAAUCGUUGGAAGAUCUCAUGGAUAACAAGGCUCUAAUGAUAUCCGAAAGGGCUGUUAUCCCUUAUUUAAAAGCGUAUAAGGACCCAUAUUUUAAGGAUAUUGCCAAGACUAUAGUUACCAGGGUCAUUACUUACGAGAAGAGAAUCGGCAUAAACACAAAGAAGAAUUUAGAUUUAAUUAAUGAGCGCUUACUAACUGAUUUAUAUGGCGGACAGGCUUUAGGCUAUGAAUGUGGUCUAAUCGCACACACCCAGGCAAUUCAGCACAUGGCUACAGGGUGUUGGUUGGCUCUGAUAUGUCUGCACAUAAUGUACACAUUCAUUACGCACCUAUGCGCUAACUUUAUAUCCAAGGCGUUUAGCAGUGUUUUGCGGAACUCCUACUUUGAGUUCAAACCUACUCUGAUGGCCGAAUCGCUCAAUGAUAUCAUUAAUAACAUGGAUAUUAUGAUCGCCGGGAGAGUUUUGCUAAUAAACUCCGAUAUGGGCCACAACUUUAUACAAUACUUUGCCGGCUCUAAUUUGCAAUCAUCGACUUAUAAUUAUAAAUUAAGUGUUGAAUGCGGUUUAAUGGCACAUACACUGGCAAUUAAACACAUUGCCACCGGUCUUAUGAUUAAGGAACUGGUGACAACACCAACAUAUACACCCACCUCUGAUAAGACUGAUAAGAAAAUAUCACUUGCUUUCGACUGGUAGCACAUACUCUGGUCAGAAUCUGGU